AUGAGCAUCUUCUCCCCUGUCAAGGUUACCGGCAUGCCCGGAUAUCAGCGCCAUUGGCUGAUCAUGGCACUUUUCUUUGGUACUUCAUUCCUGGUUCUAUGGAGCAACUACACCAAUUUCAAACUGGGUGGCAUCACCUUCCUUGAGGGCACCAUCUUAUUCUGCACCUUCAUUUGCACGUUCCAGCCCAUUGUCGCUUCUUGGAGUGCCGUCAUCGGCCUGUCGGUCAUGGCUUUUGGCAAUGCAGAAAAAUCUGUCUAUCCUUACUUCGACGCCAAAGGACCCCUCCCAGAACUCAGGUCCAGAACAGCCCUCGUUAUCUUCAUGCGCAAUGAGGACCCAAGCUCAAUAUUCGACCGCCUCCUCGAGAUGCAGAAGAGCUUGUCUCAAAUAGGCCGCCUUCAGCACUUCAGGUUCGUCUUGCUUAGCGAUACGACCCUCCCGGAGGUGGUGUGCAUGGAAGACGAAGGCUUCGCGCGCAUCAAAGACAAUAUCGGCAUAGGCACUUAUCAAACCCCCUUUUACCACCGCCGCAGCAAGAACAUUGGUUAUAAGGGUGGAAACAUGUACGACUACGCCGAAAAGCACAGCAAAGGCGACGAGUUUUUUGUUCCACUCGACUCGGAUAGCGUUAUGUCUGGAGACAUGCUGGUUCGUAUAGUAUCUAGCAUGGAGAAGUGCCCUCAAAUCGGCCUACUCCAAACUGCGUUUAUUGGCACGCCAGCAGUGAGUGCUUUUGCACGUCUCAUGCAAUUCGGCAGCCGCUAUUACCUACCCGUUAACUACCUCGGCCUUAGCUGGUGGGCCAACGACUGUGCGCUUUUCUGGGGUCAUAAUGCAAUUAUCCGCACCAGGGCUUUCCAGGAGCAUUGUAAGCUGCCGGUUCUCUCGGGAAAACCACCCCUUGGGGGGCACAUUAUGAGCCACGAUAUCGUAGAAACCAUGUUCAUGCGCCGCGCUGGCUACGAGUGCCGGCUACUGCCGAUUACAACCGAGAGUUACGAAACGUUUCCGCCGACUUUGAUUGAAGCCAUGAAUAGGCAGAACCGAUGGUUCCAGGGAGACAUGCAAUAUUUUUUCCUGCUCAAGGAGCCAGGGCUCAGCCUCAUUAAUCGCUUCCAGGUGUGUCGGAUCCUUGCCAAAUCUCUGAGCCCGAUGGCUUGGUUUGUCAUGACUUUGGCUUUCAAUAUUAGAUCGCGAGUAGAAAACCCUGGCGCCUCCAGAGUCGGCGUCAGCGUUCUCUCGCAAUGGUUCAUUUUCAGACUCUUGCCCAAAAUUGCCGCUUUCCUCACUGUUGUGGCAAAUCCGUCCGAGAUCAAGCGCUAUGGUGGCAUCUUCCGCUUCGUCACCUCCAUCGUCCUAGAGUAUGUCAUCACGUCAAUUGUCUCAACGGCGGCUACUGUCAGCAUGACACUGUUUUUCUGCGGCUUGCUUCGGGGCAUAUCUAUCAAAUGGGACGCCCAGAAUCGCGAUCGACUUGGCCUCAGCUGGCGCCAUACAUUUCGAGUCUUCUGGGUGGAAAACCUGAUCGGCCUCGGAAUUAUCUGGCUAAUAAUUACCCAAGAUACAUCACAUAGGCUUCUAUCCUUGGUCAUCAGCCUCUUUCUUCUAGUUCCCAUUACUGUACUUACCGCGUCGCCACGUCUGAGUUAUCUUAUCACCCGCCUGCGCCUAUUCACAACCCCUGACGAGAAUCCAGUAUCGCCAGUGCUAUCUCGCCUAGUGGCACCGGAAAUUAUUACUAUAUCUAAGGCUAAGGCAAAGGCAAUGGAAAAAGCUUUAUAA